AUGGAAACAGUACUGAUAGCAGUACCUGCUAUUCUCUGUGCUUUAUUAUUGUUAAAACUUAUUUUUAAUUUGCGGUCGACGAUACUUUGGCGAGUGAAUUGUUGGUUCUGUAAUCGUAAUUUUUGGGUGAAGUACGUUGAACGGAAUUCUUGGACAUGUCCGAAAUGCGAGCAGUACAACGGAUUUACGAAGGAUGGCGACUACAACAAAGUUCUAAAUACAGGUAGUGAACAAAUUUCAAAAAGCCCUAAAUUAUUCCAAAGAAGUCCACCCAAAAAUGGCCUCUGCAAAAUGUGUAAUAUAAACCAACAGCUCAAGGUGACACAACUCGCAAAUUUUGUUCCUAUGAAUGAAAAUAAAUACGAUGAAGAAAUUGAAUCUUACAGGAAUCAGCUUGAAAAAGCCUAUAAAUUAUGCAGCCCAUGCAGAAAUGUUUUGCAAAUGAAACUGCACAAAGAAAAAGAAACUUUACUGGGUUCAAAACUUUUAGAAGCAAGAACAACAGAAAAAUUAAAUGUUAAGAAAGAAAAUCAAAAUGAACUAAUAAAAAAUAUUAUUAAUAAUACAUCUAAACUAUUAGCCGUGAUACUUUUGAUUCUUAUAGCAAUUGAAUGCUAUACAAUUGCCUUGAAACAUAAGAAUUUAUCUAACACAAUACAUAACUUAAAACUAAUAUUAUACAGUCUCAUAGUAAGAAUAAUUUCUAUAGUGAAAAUGAAGACGCUACUCGCAUUCCCUGUGCUCGAGAAUUUUAUUGACAUAAACAAUACUAUUGAUAUAGACUUAUUUACAAGCUUUAACUCUGGACUUAACGAUUUGACGCAGCAAGCUUUGGGAGGCUUUGUAUGUUUUUUACAGAUUAUUGGACAUUUUUGGAAUAUAAACAAAGCAAAAUAUAGUAUAGUUAUUGACUUAUUGUGGUCUAUAUUUGUAAUUACUUGCAUAGGACAUAGAUAUGUGACAUUUAAUCCAUUAAUAAUGAGCUUAAUUAAAUUAUCAAGUACUCUGGCAGUAUUGCUUGUUUAUAGAAACAUGAAUAAGACUGUUAAAACGAUAACAAGAAAAAAUAUCACACCAAAGAAACUAAAGAAAUUAGCAAAUGGUUCUCCAAAAAAGUUGAUCGAUGAAGAAGAUAACAUUUCUUUGGAUACUGAUGAUGAUGUAUCACUUAGUAAAUUUGGUUUACACAAUUUUACAGAUUCCUCAAAUGAAACUCUUGGCCACUUUAAUAAUAGUUUGAUCAAUGGUAGAUCAUUUACACCGAGGGGUGACAGUUUGUGGAGCAAACCUAAACUUAACUCGACUUUCUGUGUUAAUUCUGUAAAAACAAAUAGCCCCAAUCCUCUUUCUAACUCGGUUUUUAUCAAACCCUCCUUCAAUAAGUACCAAAAACUGACAAAUGACUCUGAUUCAGAUUUAGACGAGAGCAUUAGUUCUUUAUGCAUAAGUAGUCCUAAAAAGAAGAGUUCUAAAAUAAAUCCAGUGUUUGCUCUGCGUAAAUUCAGUGCAUCACCCAAUUUUGUAGCCCCCACACCUUUGAAUAGGGCACGACCGUUGAUAUCUCCUAGUAAGCUGGGGCACAGUACGUCGUGGGUGGCUGGCGGGUACUGGGGAACAGAGGGAGACAGGCAAAUAUUCAAUGUUAACGGCAGCCGUUCUUCCAGCCAAAGUUCAGGGUUCGAAUCCCAAGCAUCAAGUAUGAACCAGCGAAACGUCUUUUCUCAGCCGCCAUCCCGUGAGGAGUCUCUAUGCGGUGAACCAGACCGACUAUUAGAUAAAUAUCAAAAUUACAAUCAUGCCCCAGCAUUCACUCCGAUAAGUACACCAGUAUUUCCCCAAAUGCAGUAUAACAGCCAUGUACAGAUACCACAGGCAAGGUUCGCUCAGACAUAUGUGUCUCAGAAUGUUUUCCAGCAGUAUGUACCAAACAGUAUGUUCAAAGCCCCUGGAGGGUCUAGACUGAUCAAACUGCCUCAGGAGAAUUCCUUCACAUCCCGC